AUGGCCACCGGUCUCCCAAACUGGCUGCCUUCUUCUAUCCUUCCAUUUCUCCUCCUCCUCAUCUUUGUUCUCCCAUGGCCAUCGGCUGCAUAUCGGAAGGUAACUCAAGGGAUUUUUCCUCCAACUUGUGCCCGUGUCGAAUGCCCAACGUUUGACGUGAUCGACAAAGGAAAUGCGUACGAGAUCCGCCGAUACAAUUCAACAGUUUGGAUGUCGACAGCUUCCAUGGAGGGAAUCUCCUUUGUGAACACCACAAGAACGGGAUUUUUACAGUUAUUUGACUACGUCAAAGGAAAGAAUGAGAAUGGGACCAAAAUGGAGAUGACAGCUCCUGUUACGACUGAAGUCUCAACAAGCAAAGUGCCCCCCAAGGAAUCAUUUGUUACGAGCUUCUACAUUGGGAAAAGGUAUCAGGCCAAUCCACCGAGUGCCCGGGGCCUCCAUCCACAGAAAUGGAGUCUCAAAUAUGCAGCCGUGAGGCAAUUCGGGGGAUACGCCACGGAUGCUGGCGUCCCACUGGAAGCCGCAGCUCUGGACGCCAGUCUCAAAGGUUCCAAAUGGGCCCCUUCCGUGGACAAAAGCCGGAAGGCCAACCCCACGGUGCUCUAUACCGUUGCACAGUACAGUGCACCAUUUAGAACCAGUGGUAGAGUGAAUGAGAUCUGGAUGCUGUUUGAUGACACUGCCACUGCAUAGAUCGUGGGUGAUUGGUGCAAACUUUGUAGAAGUGGCUCGAGAGAAUAACAGCAGCAGGUUUUAUUUUAUGGUGGAAAUAAAAGAGAAAUUAGUACUGUAGCUGAACUUACCUAAUUUCACUUUUUUUCUGAAACCGCAUUGUUGGCUGUUGCUUUCACUUUAUCGUAUUGGAAGAUGAUGAAC